AUGGGCUACGACAUGGGUCUCAUGCCUGCCAUCGAUCCAGGCGUAUCCAAUUGGUUCUUCUGGAUCUGCUCACAAAAGUACAAUUACGACACUUCAAAAGAAGACGUGCCGAGCCUUUGCAGUGACGGCGCUUGGAAAAAUGCCAACAAGGAUUCGUCAUGGACUGUGUAUGGAUUCGAGGUCGACCACUGCCUGAGCGAGAAGGUUGACACUCAAUGCAGCCUCAACGUCGGGCUGAAUCUUCUCAUAGCCGUCAUUGUCUUCAAUGUCGUCAAGGUCAUGACCAUCAUCGCCACGAUCAUUGUUGUGAAAGAUCGUCCAUUGAUCACGGUUGGAGACGCUGCCUCUUCCUUCAUCAAAAUUCCUGACGAAGCAACCAAAGGCAUGUGUCUGUAUUCCAGGGUUGAUUUUGAAUCAAAGAAAAAAGAUGGCAAAGCAUACCAUCCGGUCGCUGCUCCGAGGAAGUUUGAAGUGAAGCAGGAACGCUGGUCCAGCGCUGCGAGCAAGCGUCGCUGGCGAGUAGCAAUAUAUCUAACAGGCACCGCCCUCGCAGGAAUCCUCUCCUUCUUCCUCGUCGCCAUCUUUAUGCUAAACGGGCAAUACAACCAACUCUCCAAACUCUUCAGCGUCGGCCUCGGCACGCUCAACCCCUACACGCUCAUCCAAGGCUGGGCACUCGCCAGCACCGGCGACGCCGCCAUCAUCCAAACCGUCCUCAUCGCCAACUUCCCACAACUCCUCCUCUCCUUCCUCUACUUCGUCCUCAACAGCCUCUUCACCAGCAUGGCCCUCGCCGCCGAAUGGUCGCAUUUCUCCUGCUCCUCCUCCUCCUCUUCCUCCCCUGCCCGCGGCCUCCGCGUCACGCACCCGCGCGGCUCCCAGCGUUCAACCUACUUCCUCUCGCUGCCCUACCGCCUGGGCCUGCCGCUCCUCGCCGCCUCUACCUUUCUGCACUGGACCAUCUCGCAGAGCAUCUUCGUCGCCCGCAUCGAGGGCCGUUCUGCCACCGACGGCCCCGCUAACCUCAACGACCUCGAAGAAACCAACUGGCAGCCCGUCAUCACCACCUGCGGCUACUCGCCGCUCGGCAUCUUCCUCGCCCUGCUGACCGUCGCGGCCGUCGCGGGCGCGGCGCUCGCGCUGGGGAGGUGGGGAGGGGGGUUGGGGACGGGUGGUGGGAUGCCCAUCGCGGGGAGUUGUAGUUUGGCGAUUGCGGCGGCGUGUCAUGCGCCGGAGGGGACGGAGGCGGAGGAGGUGGUGAGGUGGGGGGUUGUUGUUGGUGGGGAGGAUGGAGGAGGGGGAGGAGGAGGAGUGCGUGUGGGGCAUUGUGCUUUUUCGAAUGGGGAGGUUGGAGAGCUGGUGCCGGGUAGGCUGUAUGCGUAG